ACGACAACACAUUUGCACCGUCCACGUUAGGGAACCGGCUUCGCUGUCAACACAACCGAGAACAAAGAUUGAGCCGUAGAGAUGAUGUUUCCAUUUGCUGUGUUUGCGCUUUUGUCUUUGGCAAGCGCAAGUGAUGUUUUAGAGUUCACAGAUAGUGAUUUUAGUUCCAAAAUAGUAGAUCAUGACGUUAUUCUCGUCGAGUUUUUUGCUCCAUGGUGUGGACACUGUAAAAGACUAGCUCCAGAGUACGAGAAGGCAGCAACUUCACUAAAAAAGAACGAUCCACCCGUAUCACUUGCAAAGGUUGAUUGUACUGCCAAUACAGAAGUUUGUGGUAAAUAUGGUGUCAGUGGAUAUCCAACACUGAAAAUAUUCAAAAAUGGAGAGAUGGCAGAAGAUUACAACGGUCCGAGAGAAGCAGAUGGUAUUGUGAAGACCAUGAGAGGUAAAGCCGGCCCGGCCUCAAAGGAACUAACGGAAGUGGGACAAGCUGAGAAGUUUUUGGACAGCUCAGAAUAUGGUGUUGUUGGUUUCUUCAAGAGUGCUGACAGUGACCUUGCCAAGACAUUCCAGAAAGUUGCCUCUGCCAUGAGUGAAAGCAUUAACUUUGCUCACACCUACAGUGGUGACAUUAACAAAAAAUAUGGAUAUGAUGAUGAUAUUGUUUUAUUCCAACCAAAGAGACUACACAGUAAAUUUGAAGAGUCAAAACAGAAAUACACUGAUGAUGCCACAGUAUUUAAAUUGAAGAGUUGGAUAGCCGAUCAAAGUCUUGGGUUAUGUGCACACAGAACAUCCGACAAUGCUGAUAAAUUGAAGAAACCAUUGAUUGUAGCUUACUAUGAUGUAGAUUAUACCAAAAAUGUGAAAGGAACCAACUACUGGAGAAACAGGGUGAUGAAAGUUGGCAAGAAGUUGAAGGAUGCAGGAAAAAGUGUAUACUUCGCUAUCAGCAGCAAAGAUGAUUUCAGUCAUGAGCUCAAUGAAUUUGGAAUUACAUCACCAAGUGAUGAUAAACCAACAGUAGCUGCCCGGGAUAGCAAAGAUCAGAAAUUCAUAAUGACUGACGAGUUCAGUAUGGACAAUUUGGAAAAGUUUGCAAAUGAAUUAUUAGAUGGAAAAUUAGAGCCAUACCUUAAAUCUGAACCAGUUCCAACACAAGAUCAGCCAGUUAAGGUUCUAGUUGGAAAGAAUUUCCAGGACAUUGUGACAGAUGAUAAAGAUGUUUUGAUCGAAUUUUAUGCACCAUGGUGUGGACAUUGUAAACAGUUGGAACCUAAAUAUACUGAACUCGCUGAGAAGCUUGCUGAUGAGCCCGAGUUGGUUAUUGCAAAGAUGGACGCUACAGCUAAUGAUGUUCCUCCUCCAUAUGAAGUACAGGGAUUUCCAACAAUUUAUUUCAAACCAAAGGGAUCAACACCUAAAAAAUACCAGGGAGGUAGAGAGGUAACAGACUUUGUGAAAUAUUUGGCCAAAGAAGCCAAGGUAGAAUUAAAGGGAUACAACAGAGAUGGCAAGAAGAAGAAGUCCAAGAAAACAGAGUUGUAAAAGAUAAUUAUGUUAGAAAUGAAAGACGAAUGGCGUGAAUUGUGUGUGUAUUUUAUGAAGUGUACAUCAGGGCAGCACACUUUCUUUAUCAUUGAUUUCAUUUCUCUGCUUAGUGAUGCCAAUCCAUAACCUGCCGUUCAUAUAUAUAAGACAUUUGGUAGAUGUAUGCCGCCACAUUUGAUGUGAUGAAAGACAUUGUACAUUGUAUUAGGAAGAGUUGUUAAUCAGACCCCUGUUCUGCCCUGAUGUAUACUUGAUUUAAGUGCAGAAAGUCCCAGGAUUCCUGUAGAUUCAUUUGAUUUGUGAUAGCCAUUCUAAUCAUGUUUUCAAUACAAAGUUGAUAUUCAACAUUUUUACAUAAAAGAUUCUAGAGGGAUAGUGAUUUCGAUCAGUUGUAGAAAGUUUAUCCAGUAUGUAAAACGACUAUGCUGCAGAACCAAUCGAUGGAUACAUAAUUAUUGCUUACAUAUCAUGGAAAAGAAUUGAGAACUUACUGUAGUUGUUUUUAUUAGGAAAAAUAAGUCUACUGUAAGUAGGAAAUCUUUCAAACUAAAGCGAAUAAAUUUUACCAUGUAAAGAGCUGUAACUGAUUGGUGAAAGAACAUUGUGUACAAUAUUGUAGCUGAAUCUUAAAAAAAUUGUGCGAUAUAGUUUAGCGAGGUGCUGGUAUGUACAAUGUAUUGCUCAUGGAUUUUGAAGGGUCUUGUUUUCAACGACAGAUUUUUUUCACAGUUAUUCUGUAUUUAUUCCUUCAUAAUACAUUAGGAAGGAAACAGUUUACUUUGUAUGAGAUGUAAGAAAGUAAUUACCGUGUAUAUUAUUAUGGUAUAUGGAUUAGGAAAAAUAGUCUAGUUGGAAUUGAGCUAAUAUUAAGUAUUAUUGAACUUUGCUUUUUCUUUAGAUUAAAGUGCUUACUAAAUACCUGUGCACUAUUUUUUAUAUUGCAUGUGGAUCAUGUCCAAGUUAAAAAAAACAAACUUUGAAAACAGAGGUACCAUAUUGUACCUUUGCAUAAGAAUGAGUAAACAUCAUUGUAUAGUUAUUCUAAAGUGCUUUGAUCACUGAGUGCAGUACAGGUCUCAUACAGCAUUUGUUUUGUUUGUUACUGUAUACAUUGGUAAUGUAUUUAUGUUGAAAGUAUUUGUAAGAUUGUGAUAAACAUACAUAUGUAUGAGAGAAGUCCUUAAAGUUAAAAGAAAAACUCGUAAAAUGUUUUCACUAGACUGCCUGCCUAGAUGAUUGUUUCAAAAGUUGAUGAAUGCUUACUUUUACGUUGAACCUAUGAUAGGGUGUAUCAUUAAAGAGUGCAUAAGUGUCUGCAAAUUGUUAGUCAGUGAAAGCCCUGUCACCAGUUGACUCGAAAAUAUUGCUGAAUAGUAAGAAAUUGAGUAUUGUAAUGUACCGGAAAUUAGAACAUAUUUGCGUUUUAACUGGGAAAAGUCAGGGAUGAAAAUAAGACCUAGAAUUUACAGCAUAUUUUGCCUUAUUUCAGUAUAAUAGUGAAGUUAAUGUAUGUUAGCUCCAGACUUCACUAGUAGUCAAAAUAAUUUGUUAUCCUGGAUUGGUUUUAGCAUAUUUAUUUUGUUGCUAUCAUUUCAUUAAACACCAUAUGAUAUAUAAAUAUGUGUAAAGACUUUAUACUAUUUAGUGCCUGCCAUUGUUUAAUUGUCUAGUUGUUUUUCUUGAAACUUUAUGGACCAUACUCUUGCUAAUAUUACUAACAUUUUGAAUGAAGAUUUAAAUGUACUGAGAGGGUAUACAUGUUGUACAUGUGAUGUUGAAGAAAUCAUGUUAUAAAAGAUAACAUUAAUGAAAUAAAUAUUAUUAUAUGAAA